AUGAACAAGCUCACCAUUGAUUCGGUUGACCUCAAGGGCAAGCGCGUCCUCAUGCGCGUGGACUUUAACGUCCCCUUUGACAAGCAGGGUAACAUUACCAACAACCAGCGCAUUGUCGGCGCGCUCGAUUCAAUCCAGUACGCACUCAAGCAAGGCGCCAAGAGCGUGGUGCUGAUGAGCCACCUCGGUCGCCCUGACGGCCGUGUGCAAGACAAGUACUCGAUGCGCCCCGUGCAAGCCGAGCUCGAGAAGCUCCUGGAAAAGAAGGUGACCUUUGUUUCCGACUGUGUCGGCGACGAAGCAGAGCGCGUUUGUGCUGAUCCCGAAGAAGGCUCUGUCAUCCUGCUCGAAAACCUGCGCUUCCACAUUGAGGAGGAAGGCAAGGGUGUCGAUGCCGAUGGCAACAAGGUCAAGGCCGGCGAUGACGAGGUCAAGGCGUUCCGUGCCUCCCUGACUAAGCUGGGUGACAUCUAUGUCAACGAUGCCUUUGGCACCGCUCACCGUGCGCACAGCUCGAUGGUCGGCGUGGACCUGCCCCAAAAGGUGGCCGGCUUUCUUGUCAAGAAGGAGCUCGAAUAUUUCGCCAAGGCCUUGGAUAACCCCGAAAAGCCCUUCCUUGCCAUUCUCGGCGGCGCCAAGGUGCAGGACAAGAUUCAGCUCAUCGAGAACCUGCUGGACAAGGUGGAUGAGAUGAUCAUUGGUGGUGGCAUGGCCUUUACCUUCAAGAAGGUUCUCAACGAUGUCAAGAUUGGUAGCUCGCUCUUUGACGCCGAAGGUGCCAACCUCUGCGAGCGCAUCAUGAAAAAGGCCGAGGAGCGCAACGUCAAGAUUCAUCUGCCCACGGAUUACGUGGUUGCAGACAAGUUUGAUGCCGAGGCGGCCAGCGACAAGGCAACUGAUGAAAGCGGCAUUCCCGACGGCUGGAUGGGCCUGGACAUUGGCGAGAAGUCUUCGGCCGCGUUUGCUGAUGCCGUCAAGCGCGCCAAGGUGGUUGUCUGGAACGGCCCCAUGGGCGUAUUUGAGUUUGACAAGUUUGCCAACGGCACCAAGGCAGUCAUGGAUGCCUGCGUGUCCGCCACAAGCAACGGCUCGACCGUCAUUAUCGGCGGCGGCGACACUGCCACCUGUGCGCUCAAGUUUGGCACGGAGGACAAGGUCAGCCACGUCAGCACUGGCGGCGGUGCCAGCCUGGAGUUGCUGGAAGGCAAGACAUUGCCCGGCAUUGCCGCCCUGUCCCAGGCAUAA